AUGAAUCUUAUUCAUAAUCAUCACAUGGUUGAUGAAAAUUAUCAAUAUUUUAUGUCUAAUGAACAAAGUAUUUCUGAUGAUGUUAAGAAAAGAAUAGAAAUAUUACAGCAUGCUGGUGUAGAUAUUACAAUAAUUCGUUCAAUUUUGAAAGAAGAAUUUGGUGAUUAUGUUACAUGUGUAUAUAGUGAUAUUUAUAACUUUAUCUAUAAAUUGGAAGGUUCUGGAAUAAAUAAAAAAGAAUUGGAUGACAAUGAAUUUAUAAAAAUAUUAAAACAGUUUAAGCAUGAUGAUAAAGAAUUUCUUUAUUUUACUAAUAUUAAUAAAGAUACAAAUCGAUUAGAAUGA